AUGAGCGGCACCCUUGCUUCACAGGGUGGCAUCUCUGAUCCCGCCCUGAUCACACUCGUCAACAAGCUUCAGGAUGUUUUCGCAACCGUUGGAGUCAACAACCCUAUCGAUCUGCCUCAAAUCGCCGUCGUAGGAAGUCAGUCAAGCGGAAAGAGUUCAGUCUUGGAGAAUAUUGUCGGCCGAGACUUCUUACCCCGAGGCUCCGGUAUCGUUACCCGACGUCCCCUUGUUCUUCAACUCAUCAACCGUCCUGCGCAGAGCAAUGGCUCCUCCGAGGAGAUUGAUACCAGCAACGACAAGCAGGCCAACGCCGACGAGUGGGGAGAGUUCCUUCACGCCCCCGGACAAAAGUUCUACGACUUCUCCAAAAUUCGAGACGAAAUCUCUCGGGAAACAGAAGCUAAGGUUGGAAAGAAUGCCGGCAUCUCUCCUGCUCCUAUCAACCUCCGCAUUAUCUCGCCCAACGUUCUCACCCUGACCCUGGUCGAUUUGCCUGGUCUCACCAAGGUUCCCGUCGGAGAUCAACCCCGCGAUAUCGAGCGUCAGAUUCGGGAGAUGGUUCUCAAGCACAUUGGAAAGUCCAACGCUAUCAUUCUUGCGGUUACCGCCGCCAACCAAGAUUUGGCCAACUCGGAUGGUCUGAAGCUGGCACGAGAGGUUGACCCCGAGGGUCAAAGGACCAUUGGUGUCCUGACAAAAGUUGAUCUGAUGGACGAGGGAACCGACGUUAUCGAUAUUCUGUCAAACCGUGUCAUUCCCCUCAGACUAGGCUAUGUCCCAGUCGUGAACAGAGGUCAGCGAGAUAUCGACAACCGAAAAGCUAUCAACCAGGCUUUGGAGGCUGAGAAGAACUUCUUCGAAAACCACAAGGCUUAUCGUAACAAGAGCUCUUACUGCGGAACUCCUUACCUCGCUCGCAAGCUCAACCUCAUUCUAAUGAUGCACAUCAAGCAAACCCUGCCCGAUAUCAAGGCCCGUAUCAGCAGCUCUCUUCAAAAGUACACAUCCGAGCUCGAAAGUCUUGGUCCCUCUAUGCUCGGCAACAGCGCCAACAUUGUCCUCAACAUCAUCACCGAGUUCACCAAUGAGUGGCGCACCGUUCUGGAUGGUAACAACACCGAACUGUCAAGCACUGAGCUUUCCGGAGGUGCCCGUAUCAGCUUUGUCUUCCACGAGCUUUACUCCAACGGUGUCAAGGCGAUUGACCCCUUUGACGUCGUCAAGGAUGUCGACAUCCGAACAAUUCUCUACAACUCUUCUGGUUCUUCUCCAGCUCUCUUUGUCGGCACUACCGCCUUUGAGCUGAUCGUCAAGCAGCAGAUCAAGCGCCUGGAAGAUCCUAGCUUGAAGUGUGUUUCUCUCGUCUACGACGAAUUGGUGCGAAUUCUGUCGCAGCUUCUUGCCAAGCAGCUUUACCGCCGAUACCCUUCCCUGAAGGAGAAGAUGCACGGUGUCGUGAUUGCUUUCUUCAAGAAGGCUAUGGACCCUACCAACAAGCUUGUUAGAGAUUUGGUGUCUAUGGAGUCAUGCUAUGUCAACACUGGUCAUCCCGAUUUCCUGAACGGUCACAGAGCCAUGGCUAUGGUGAAUGAGCGAUACAACCCCAGCAAGCCCGUCCAGGUUGAUCCCAAGUCUGGCAAGCCACUCGCAGGAACCCCUCGAGCUGCGAGCCCCACUGUUCCCGACCCUGAGAACGGCAACAACUCGGGCUUCUUUGGCAGCUUCUUCGCAGCCAAGAACAAGAAGAAGGCCGCCGCUAUGGAGGCCCCUCCCCCAACACUGAAGGCUUCUGGCACUCUGUCAGAGCGUGAGAACAUUGAGGUUGAGGUUAUCAAGCUGCUUAUCCAGUCUUACUACAACAUCGUUAAGCGAACCAUGAUCGACAUGGUUCCUAAGGCUGUCAUGCUCAACCUCGUACAAUUCACCAAGGACGAGAUGCAACGAGAGCUUUUGGAGAACAUGUACCGAACCGACAGCAUAGAUGAUCUUCUGAAGGAGAGUGACUUCACCAUCCGACGGAGAAAGGAGUGCCAGCAGAUGGUUGAGUCUCUCUCCAAGGCUAGUGAGAUUGUCAGUCAAGUGCAGUGA